AUGCCCGUGCUAGCGGGUGAGCAAUCGCCUAAGAGUGUGGACCUGCACUUCGUAAAGGCCCUCGACCUGGCGGGCAAUCCUGUCAAGCUGGUGGAGAACGAAGCACGAAGCGGUACGGCUUUCGUCUUCAUUUCUUCAGAUUGCCCACUGUCGAGACAGUACAUCCCAGAGUUGAAUCGUCUGGCUGGUUCCGUAGCUUCGGAGGAUGUCGGCUUCUAUGGGAUUCUUUCCGAUCGCACCGUCGAUCGAGCGACUGCCCAACAGUUCGCCAAGGAGUUCAACAUCCAGUUCCCAGUGCUGUUCGAUGCCACCGGUGAGCUAGCCGAAUUGAUGCAGCCCUCGCAUGUUCCACAAGCCUAUUUGGUCGAUUCCCAGGGAGUUGUUGUUUAUCGGGGACGGAUCGACGACCUAUAUGCCGAUGUCGAUAAACGUCGCGAUGAGCCUCAGCAACGAGAUCUCUUCGAUGCAAUGACUGCUCUGGCCUCCGGUGAGAGCAUUGAGCCGAAAGUCACCGAGACCGUGGGCUGCUUGUUCGAGAAUCGCUCUGAACUACCCGAAGACGGUGAAGUAACUUACACGCGGGACAUCGCGCCGAUUGUGUUCGCCAACUGUGCCGAAUGUCAUCGGCCGGGCGAGGUCGCUCCGUUUUCGUUGCUCACCUAUGAAGACGCCUCGAAACGGGCCAACUGGCUCAGCGAGGUAACCAGCAGCGGGUUGAUGCCACCUUGGCGGGCCAAAAUCGGCCACGGGCAUUUUCUUGAUGAGCGCCGUCUGACAGAGAAGGAAAUCGAACUUAUUCAGAAGUGGGCAGAUGCCGGGGCUCCGCGUGGUGACGAGGCCGACAUGCCGCCUCUGCCGGAGUUUCCCUCUGGCUGGCGUUUGGGUACGCCCGAUCUCGUCGUCGAGGCUCCCGCUUUUGUCACCGUGCCGGCCGACGGUCCUGACAUUUUCCAUCAUUGGGUCAUGCCCAUUGAAAUUCCCGAAGGCAAAACGCUGAUAGGCUUCGAAUUUCAUCCAGGCAAUCCCGCAGUCGUGCAUCACGCGGUUCUAGGGCUGGACUCAACUGGCGGAUCGCGUCGCCGCGAUGCCGAGACACCGGAACCGGGAUAUCGUUCUUCCGGAUCUAUUGAGGGUUCGAUGUCGGCGUUCGUUGGUGUGUGGACUCCCGGCGUAACCCCCCGUUUCUAUCCUGACAACGUGGGGCUGAAGGUCACCGAGAGCACCGACCUGCUGCUCCAACUCCACUUGCACCCUAGUGGCAAGGAAGAAGCAGACAAGUCAUCAGUCGGCUUGUACUUUUCAGACAAACCUGCAGACGAGUUGAAGACGCAGUCGAUGUUCAUCACCGGCUCCUUGAUCAUCGAUAUCGAGCCCGGCGACGAUAACUACCAAGUGAAGUCUUCUGUCACACUCCCAGUUGAUCUUACGCUUACAUCGGUCUUCCCUCAUUUGCAUCUCAUCGGCAAGGACGUUCGUGUCCUUGCUACGUUGCCCGACGGCGAAGAGAUGCCACUGAUCACCAUCGAUGACUGGAACUUCUACUGGCAAGACAUCUACACCUACAAGAAGCCGGUCGUGCUGCCGAAGGGCACUAAGGUCGAUCUGGUCGCUCAUUACGACAACUCUGCUGCAAACCCCUUGAACCCCAACAGCCCUCCCGAAAAGGUGCUCUUCGGAAACGACAGCGACGAUGAAAUGUGUUUCGUGCUGUUUCAAUCCAUCGACGAGGGCAACGGCGGCAUGCGUCGGAUGGGGCCAGCCAUGAUGACUUCGUUCAUCAAGGAGUGGAAUGAAGCCGACCUCUCUUACGAAUCCCGCGAGCACAUCGUCGACGAGGCGCUCAAGCUUUUCGGUGGCGGAAGGGGACGAGAAGGGGCCGAAAUGUUCCGCCGCAUGCUGUUGGGCAGUAAGCCGAAAGAGAAAGAAUCGGACAAAGAUCCGGCCGGCUUGGAUUGCCAUCGCACAUUGGAAAUAGUCUUAGCGAGCAGAAAUGUGACGAGCACGCUGAAACGUGAGAAGGUCUCUGCAGACCCGCUUGCCGACAACAUCUUAAGGGCGAUCCGACGCAUCCUUCGCAAGGCGGCCGAAGACCGUCAGCAACUAGCCCUCGACGGCGACCUCUCGGUUUCAGAGUUGCUUUGUCUACGGAGAGUUGCCGAGGCAACCACGGCCGACCCCAUCACCGUGGCCGGCGUUGCGUCUGCAGUGCAGCUAUCGAAUGCUACCGUGUCCCGCAUCUCCGAUCGCUUGGACGCCGCGGGACUCAUCGUACGCAAUCGGAGUAAGGUGGACCGCAGGAAAGUCUUUCUAAAGCUCACCCCCAAGGGUAGGCGACGUGUUAAGAAACUGCCGCCCCCAUUACACGAACAGUUUCUCGCCAGGCUCACUAAACUGCGAAAGAGCGAUCAACGUGAUCUCCUAGAGUCGCUCGAACGUAUCGUUGAAAUGAUGGGGGCAACCGAUCUCGAUGCGGCCCCCAUGCUCACGCCAGAAGCGAACGUCAAGUCAUCCACGCGAACUUGA